UGGCCGGCUGCCAACCGAGACGGCCGAUGACUGAAAUUGGAGCCAGAAAAGUGAGCAAGUGCUUUCCCGACGUAAAGUCAAGAGAGCACUGCCUUAAGGCUGCGAGUCUGUGUUUUACCCUAUCGAUCGAUCGAUCAAUUUAUCGAGGAAAGUACGAGGACAGGAGGGGCGUGUCGUGGUCGAGCUUAAGUGGUGUCAAUUUUUGUCAGCUUUCGCUCACUACGAUUUGUUUUAUUUGAGUUGAGUUGAGUUGAGUUGAGUUGAGUUGAUUUGAUUUGAUUUGAUUUGAUUUGAUUUGAUUUGAUUCGUCUCGACUCGACUCAAAUCGACUGGACCAGACCUUGUGGGAGGAUUGGAAGGCAGAUGAGAUGGCGUUCCUUGCGAUGGAAUCCUCGAUGGCCGCGUGCAAGUCUGCUGCGCCCUGCUUCCGGGGAGCGCGAUCGAUGUCCUUUUCUUCUUCGACUUCUUUGAGGAUGGCGUCGCCUGUGACCCCGGUGGCGCCCAUGCGCGCGCGCGUGGUGGUGAUGUGCGCCGUGCCCAAGGAGGCUGCCAAGGAGAUUCAGAAGAUAACGGAGUUGAUUAACAAAAGAGUGCACGAGGCCGAAGAAAAAGGGUGCGAGUCCGACCCCAACAUGGAGUGUGUCGCUCGAUGGGAGGAGAUUGAAGAGCUCAGUGCUGCCAGAGCCCACAAGAAGGCGCUGUUCACAGCGCAGGCUGAGGAGCUAAAGAAGAAGGGUCAGUGGGGAAGAACAUCCGAGUGAAUUAUCGAGGUAAACGAACCCGAACAUCACCAUUACAGUUUGACAAGACUUCCUUGGGACGUCCUGGGAGUCUACGUAGAAUGGAAGGAUUGAGUUUCUCUGUUUCCCGCACCCUCCUCUUACCGGACUCUUCAGGACAGAUCCUCCAUCGAUGUAUAUACACUCAUCUCCCAACCCUCUUCCUUAGCUUGAACCCGUUCUCUUUACCGUACAAUUGAGUAUUUCUGACAGGAUGAACUUUGCGUGGAUACCAAUCAAAAACUGUCAGGCUCCCUGCAGCAUCGAUAUGCAGCUCAAUUGUAAGUCGUAUUGUUUUGUGUGAGCCUGUAUGAAGACUUGUUGACCUUCACAACCCUCACCGUUUAUCCGAGUACUGUACAGAAACCUGACACAUGCCAUAAGACUACCUUUCGUAUUCGUCCUGUAAUAUCCUGACUACUGCUAAUCUUAAGCUUUAGCUUCGGAGCACAGCCGCCUUUGUUAACGUAAGUAAGCGGAGGUUUGAUGGUAAAGCACAAUUAGUAUGCCAGAACUGGCUCCCAAAAUGGUCGUGCAUCUCACCGUGGUUGUGUGACUGGUAUUCGAAGUAGACCCGUAACCUUACCUUGUGCUGACACUGUCUCUCCACUUAUGAACAUUGAAGGGACAUUUGGACCCAAGCAUAAUAAACGUAUACCUUCAAGAGGCCAUGAGCAGCUGAUGUUGACUUUGUCAAGUGUACAUGGUUAAGUCUUGCAUGAUCAACAAUUCCCGGG